AUGGGAGGCGGCAAUGUGAAAAACUUAACAAACAAAAUAUUGACUCAACUAAAAGUCAACAACAGUUUAUCAAAAGCUGUUUCAAUCUUAUUUGAAUCCCCAUUUCCUGUUGAAAUCUCUCUAUACGCUUCCUUGUUCAAUCUUUGUGCUUCAAGACGAGCAAUCGUUGAAACCCGCAAACUCGAAUCACAUUUACUCACUUUUAAUCCAACCCCACCUGUUUUUUUGCUCAACAGAGCUAUUGAAGCUUAUGGUAAAUGUGGAUGUUUGAAUGAUGCACGUGAACUGUUUGAUGAAAUGCCUCAAAGAGAUGGUGGAUCUUGGAAUGCUCUAAUUUCGGCGUAUUCGCGUAAUGGGUUUGCUGAAGAGGCGUUAAGGGUGUUUUUGGAUAUGAAUAAAGAUGGGUUUUCUUGGAAUGAGAUUAGUUUUGCGGGUGUUUUGGGUUCUUGUGGUGCCCUUUUGGAAAUCGGUUUUGCUAAGGGGGUACAUGGACUUGUUGUCAAACACGGGUUUGUUAAGAAUGUGAUUAUCGCAAGUUCUAUUGUUGAUGUUUAUGGAAAAGGUGGGUUUUUGAGUGAUGCAAGGAGAAUGUUUGAUGAGAUUCGUAACCCGAAUGAGGUUUCUUGGAAUGUGAUUAUUAGGAGGCAUUAUGAUAUGGGGAAAGAGAAGGAAGCCGUGGCUUUGUUUUUCGAUUUGAUUAGGAAAAAUGAUGUUAUGCCGUUGAGCUUUACAGUAUCGAAUGCAAUUUGUGCUUGUUCUAGAAUUUCCGCUUUCAGUCAAGGAAAACAAAUUCAUGCUUAUGCUGUGAAAAUAUAUCUAGUAGACACUUUGGUUGUUUCUGGAUCUCUUAUUGAUAUGUAUGCAAAACAUGGAGAUUUACAGAGUGCACACGACGUCUUUAACCAACCAAACGCAAAAGAUUUGAUUAACUGGACAUCGAUUGUUUCAGCAUAUGCUACAAAUGGUAGAAUUGAAGAGGCAAGGAAACUUUUCAAUAAGAUGCCAGAGAGGAACAUUGUUUCAUAUAAUGCCAUGCUGGCAGGUUACACACGGUAUUACAAAUGGGAAGAUGCCUUUGAAAUCGUUAAUCUGAUAUCCAAAUCUAACGUUGAUAUUGACCAUGUUACAAUCGGGCUGAUUUUGACCAUUUGUGCUGGUCGUUUAGAUGUUGAAUUGGGGAAACAGGUUCAUGCAUAUGCCUACAGACAUGAUUUUAACUCCAAUUUGUUUGUCGGUAAUGGGCUUCUUAACAUGUAUGGAAAAUGUGGAGACUUGAGAAGUUGCAGAGCCUGGUUUUAUCAAAUGAGCCACAUUCGGGAUGCCAUUUCUUGGAACUCAAUAUUGACUACUCAUGCACGUCACAGAAGGAGUGAGCAAGCGAUGGCGGUUAUUGGGAAAAUGUUAGAGGAGACCCCUCCACAUAAGCAUACUCUUGCAACUAUUUUAGCUGCUUGUGCUAAUAUAUUUGCACUUGAUUCAUGUAAACAAAUUCAUGGGUUUUUACUUAGAUAUGGCUAUGAUAUGGACAUUGUCAUAAAAGGAGCCUUGGUGGAUGCUUAUUCCAAAUGCCAUUGUAUUGUGUACGCACUUAGGGUUUUUCACUCAACUGUUUCAAGGGAUUUGAUUCUUUAUAACUCAAUGAUACUGGGAUGCUGUCACAAUUCAAGAGGUGAUGCAAGUAUAGAUCUUUUUAAUAUGUUAAAAAGUGAAGGGUUGAAACCAGAUAACACCACAUUUCAAGGAGUUUUACUUGCUUGUAUAAGUGAGGGCCGUGUUGAACUGGGUAAGCAGUAUUUUGACUUGAUGAUUAGUGACUAUUGUGUUAUACCACGGUUGGAGCAUUAUGAGUCUAUGAUUGAACUUUAUGGUCGGUAUGGGUUCAUGGGUGAACUUGAGAAUUUUGUAAAGCAAAUGCCGUUUGAGCCAACUGCGUCCAUGUUGGUUAGAGUUUUUGAUGCUUGCGUUGAAUAUAAAAGGGGGAGGUUUGGAAAAUGGGCAGCUGAACAGCUUAAUGCAUUGAACCCAUCAGUCCCCUUUAGAUUUGAACUCAUGGAUGCCUCAUAAUUUUUACUGGAACGGACUAUGAGUACAUACAUGCCGAAUCACGGAGACGGUGGUGGAGGAUGGACCGUGCACCUGCCAAAACCCCAAAUAUCAAUUUAGUAAUUUGUACUAUGUUCAACAGAUAGAGUAACUAAUCAUGAAAUAAUUCAAAUUCUUGCUUCUACUGCGUUGUACAUUGAAAGAUACACCGGCUGUUUGGUUGGCUUGAUAUGGCAGAUUUACAGGUUCCAAUUGGGUUACGACAGUUACAGAGUACAGACACCCAACUUUUGCCUUAUACAACUUUCAUUAUGCAGGUAAGGGUGGAUUUGUUGUUGUCCUUUUUAUUUUCCAUAUCUAGGUUUGGAUAGGUUAAAUCUGUUGUUUUUCCAACCUGGAAAUGCCAUGAUCUUUGCUUUUUUUCCUUGUGAGUGUUUCUUCGUAUAUCUCAUUUGAUUAGCUAUCUGGGUGCAUGAGAAAUUUGGUGCUCCCUGUUUGUAUUAAUCUUGUUAACUGUACCAAAAUCUUUAAAAUGAGGUAAUAAAGCUAAUGAUGUUGUUUCUCUC